AACCACACAAUUACAGGCACACCCCCAUUUAUCAUCCAGCUGCACAAAUUCGGGGAUUCUCUUGAGUUUUUCGAACUCGUGAGCCGAAAACGGGCCGAAAAAUCGGUUCAUGUUGUUUGGCGGGUUGCGUGCCUGGCGCAACGCGUGUCGACGAACUUUCCCCGCGUAUUCGGCACGUUUCCUGAGCACCGGCGGCAGCCAUAAGGCCGGCAGCAGCACCGUUUACUAUGUCGCAGCCGCAGGAGUCCUCACCCUUGGCCUCAGCUACGCCGCUGUGCCCCUCUACAGAAUGUUCUGCCAGGCAUACAGCUAUGGAGGCACGACAGCCUCAGGUCACGACAAAGAGAAGGUUGGGACAAUGUCCCCUGUUGAAAACCGAGUGAUAAAAAUUAAAUUCAACGCCGACCUGGGUGCCAGUAUGCGUUGGAACUUCAAGCCUCAACAGCUGGAGAUUUUGGUUAAGCCCGGGGAGACGGCGUUGGCAUUUUACAAGGCUCGUAACCCCUCUGACCACCCUGUCAUUGGUAUCAGCACUUACAACGUGGUGCCCUUUGAGGCCGGACAGUACUUCAACAAGAUUCAGUGCUUUUGUUUUGAGGAGCAGAUGCUCAACCCCCACGAAGAGGUGGACAUGCCAGUUUUCUUCUACAUCGACCCUGAAUUUGCAGCCGACCCGAAGAUGGAGUACAUCGACACCAUCACUCUCUCGUACACAUUUUUCGAAGCGCGCGAAGGUCUUAAAUUGCCGCUACCAAACCACCAGAGAUGAGCCAAGAGCUCGUUUGCUAGUUGAAAAUAUGUAUUCUAAUAAUAACGGUUGAUUUUUUUUU